GGUGGGGGAAUAUAAAUUAAGCGAAAAUGUAGACACAAACAGCCUACUUGUAAGAAAAUUAAGGAUGAAAAGUAACCAAAACACAAUGACCGGUCUUCUCACUCUCAAGCCUGUCUGAAUCCAGACCAAACCCCAAAACCUCUGCAAUGGAAAGACGCUCUAACUACACUUUACUCAACCAGGAAGACCCUUCUCUUACAUCCACCCCCGCCGCCUCUUACUACGAGUCCAACUCCGCCGAGCGCAAUAAGCUCAAGUCCGAUUGGGAUUUCACCGAUCACCGUCAACAACCGUCGCAGCUCAAUCGGAUGGGGGCCACUUCGAUUCAGAGGCAAUCGAGUGGGAGUAGUUUUGGGGAGAGCUCGAUUUCUGGGGGCGAUUAUUAUGUGGCUUCGGUGGAUCAGGAUGGAUUGGGUGUGGAGCAAUUGAGGUCUAUGGGGAUGGAUGGUGGGGGAGGCGGUGGCGGUGGGGGGGUUUCGUUUUCGUCUUCGAAAAGCUGGGCGCAGCAGACGGAGGAGAGUUAUCAGUUGCAGUUGUCGUUGGCGCUUAGGCUUUCGUCGGAGGCGACUAGGGCGGAUGAUCCUAAUUUCUUGGAUCCGGUUGUUGAUGAUUUGCCUCCUCCCAGGUCUGCGUCAGCGGGUUCUGCUGAGAUUAUGUCGCAUCGAUUUUGGGCAAAUGGAUGUUUAUCAUACUUCGAUAGAAUUCCAGAUGGGUUCUAUUCUAUCAACGGGAUCGAUCCCUAUGUAUGGAGUGUGUGCUCUGAUUUGCAAGAUAAUGGUCGCAUACCGGCAAUUGAAUCCUUGAAGUGUAUAGAUCCAAGAAUUGAAUCUUUAGUUGAAGUAGUUUUAAUUGAUAGACGCAGUGAUGCAACUUUAAAGGAAUUGCAAAAUAGGAUUCACAGUGUGUCCUCUAAUUGCAACACCACAGAUGAGGUUGUAGAUCAGCUAGCAAAACUUAUCUGCAAUCGUAUGGGGGAUACGCCUUCCUCUGGAGAAGAUGAAUUAUUUCCUGUCUGGAAGGAGUGCAGUGAUGAUUUGAGAGAAUGUCUAGGAUCUGUUGUCCUUCCUAUUGGCAGCCUCAGUGUUGGCCUCUGCAGACAUCGGGCCAUAUUAUUCAAAGUUCUAGCUGACACAAUUGACCUACCAUGCCGUAUAGCUAAAGGAUGCAGAUAUUGUAAAAGAGAUGAUGCUUCCUCUUGUGUUGUUCGAUUCGGGCUGGAUAGGGAGUUUCUUGUUGAUUUGAUUGGCAAGCCAGGAAGCUUGCACAAACCUGAUUCUUUGCUGAAUGGUCCGUCUUCCAUCUCAAUCUCAUCACCACUGCGCUUUCCGCGGUACAGACAAGUUGGACCAACAGUUGAUUUUAGAUCAUUAGCAAAACAAUAUUUUUCAGAUUGUCAAUCGCUUGAUCAUUUGUUUGAAGAUUCUUCAGCUGGUAGUGUUAUUGACGGGGAUGCUGAGGACUUCUUGCAUAUUAAGAAGCCUGACAUGCAUAGAAAAAGUACUGGGGUUAGUCCAAGCAAUAGUGGUGAUAUUAUUCAAUCACAUUUGCCACCAAGAGCAUCCCGGCCAAUGAUUCGUGACAGAGAUCUUACUAAUGCAUAUCCUGGAAAUAUGAUGGCACCAUUCCCCGAUCCAAGAGUAAACACGGGUACAGAUCAGACUAGUCAACUGGUAACAAGUAGACCCAGGGAGCUUCCAUUUGAUGUGGAAGAUUUGGACAUUCCAUGGAGUGAUCUAGAUCUAAAAGAAAAAAUUGGAUCAGGUUCUUUUGGUACCGUUCAUCGUGCUGACUGGAAUGGCUCAGAUGUUGCUGUCAAAAUUCUUAUGGAACAAGAUUUUCAUGCAGAAAGGUUUAAGGAGUUCUUGAGGGAGGUUGCAAUUAUGAGACGACUCCGGCAUCCUAAUAUUGUUCUCUUCAUGGGGGCUGUUACACAGCCUCCAAAUUUGUCGAUAGUUACAGAGUAUUUAUCAAGAGGUAGUUUGUAUAGACUACUACAUAAAUCUGGUGCAAAAGAAACUCUGGAUGAGAGGCGUCGGCUGAGUAUGGCUUAUGACGUGGCCAAGGGGAUGAAUUAUCUACACAGACGCAAUCCUCCCAUUGUUCACCGUGAUCUGAAAUCUCCCAACCUUCUAGUUGACAAAAAAUACACAGUAAAGGUUUGUGACUUUGGUUUAUCUCGCUUGAAGGCAAACACAUAUCUUUCAUCAAAGUCAGCUGCAGGAACUCCUGAGUGGAUGGCUCCAGAAGUCCUCCGUGACGAACCAUCAAAUGAAAAGUCAGAUGUAUACAGCUUUGGGGUGAUUUUGUGGGAGCUUGCAACAUUGCAACAACCCUGGGGUAAUCUCAAUCCAGCUCAGGUUGUAGCAGCUGUUGGUUUCAAGUGCAAAAGGCUUGAAAUUCCCCGUCAUGUUAAUCCUCAAGUUGCUUCCAUAAUUGAGGCAUGCUGGGCGAAUGAGCCAUGGAAACGCCCGUCAUUUGCCAGCAUCAUGGAGACUUUAAGACCGCUGAUAAAACCUCCCACAUUGCAACUUGAGCGUGCUGAUAACCCUCUGGUCACAUGAAGCAUCUUGAAGUUUUUGUGCACAAAUACAUUCUUGCAAAGGCAGAUAACUGCCUGGAUUGCCCCCAAAGCAUAAUUUUCGGCAUUGAUGUACAUAAAUUUGUUCAUUUUGCUUCCUGGAACAACAUUUUGGACGGCAGCAGAAGUUAGCAAUCAUAGAAAAUUUUCACUGUACUUGUAUAAAUUUAUUUUCUAGUUGGGUUUGGCGAUCUUUUUGCUCAUAUUAUCACAUAUUUACAUGUAAUUUCUGUACAAGCGGAUGUCAGAAAUUUUAGUGACCGUAGUGUGAAAUGAAUCGCACAGAUUCCAGACAAGUACUUGCAUAAUAUUUUAGUUAGGCCAUCGCCUAUCUGUACUUGAACUAACAAAAUCAGAUUAAUGACGAACUUUUUGUUUAA